AUGCGUCUCACCUACCUUCCGGGCCUCAUUGGCGUUGCCAAUGCAAUGUGCCCGUACAUGACCGGCGAGCUCAGCCGUCGCGAUGGAUUAUCCAAGGGAGAUGCCGCGGCUGAUACCGAGGAAUUCUUGUCCCAGUUCUAUCUCAACGACACUGAUGCCUUCAUGACCACUGACGUAGGCGGCCCAAUUGAGGACCAAAACAGUCUGACUGCCGGGGAUCGGGGUCCCACGCUGCUGGAGGAUUUUAUCUUCCGUCAAAAGAUCCAACGUUUCGAUCAUGAGCGGGUUCCUGAGCGUGCGGUUCAUGCCCGUGGCACUGGUGCCCACGGAGUCUUCACCUCGUACGGUGACUUCUCCAACAUCACGGCGGCCUCCUUCCUGGGCAAGGAAGGAAAGGAGACUCCUGUCUUCGUUCGCUUCUCCACCGUUGCUGGAAGCAGGGGUAGUUCGGACCUGUCUCGUGAUGUCCACGGCUUUGCGACUCGUUUCUAUACCGAUGAGGGCAACUUUGAUAUUGUUGGAAAUAACAUUCCUGUGUUUUUCAUCCAGGACGCCAUUCUCUUUCCCGAUCUGAUUCACGCCGUCAAGCCUCGAGGCGACAAUGAAAUCCCCCAGGCUGCUACCGCUCAUGACUCGGCCUGGGAUUUCUUCAGCCAGCAACCCAGCGCGCUGCACACGCUGUUCUGGGCCAUGUCCGGUCAUGGAAUCCCUCGUUCGUUCCGACACGUCGACGGCUUCGGUGUGCAUACCUUCCGGUUUGUGACCGACGAUGGUGCCACCAAGCUGGUCAAGUUCCACUGGACUUCACUGCAAGGAAGAGCCAGCAUGGUCUGGGAAGAAGCCCAGCAAACGUCAGGCAAGAACCCCGACUACAUGCGUCAGGAUUUGUUUGAAGCCAUUGAAGCUGGUCGCUAUCCCGAAUGGGAGCUUGGUGUGCAAAUCAUGGACGAGGAGGAUCAACUGCGGUUUGGAUUUGAUCUGCUCGACCCAACCAAGAUUGUGCCGGAGGAACUCGUACCCAUCACCAAGCUGGGCAAGAUGCAGCUCAACCGUAACCCUCGCAACUAUUUCGCUGAGACUGAGCAAGUCAUGUUCCAACCCGGCCACAUUGUUCGCGGCGUGGACUUCACCGAGGACCCCCUCCUCCAAGGUCGUAUCUUUUCCUACCUGGACACCCAGCUGAACCGUCACGGUGGCCCCAACUUUGAACAGCUUCCCAUCAACCAGCCUCGUGUUCCCGUCCACAACAACAACCGAGAUGGUGCUGGUCAAAUGUUCAUUCCUCUGAACCCCCACGCCUACUCGCCCAAGACUCCUACCAACGAGUCUCCCAAACAGGCCAACCAGACGGUCGGCAAGGGCUUUUUCACAGCGCCCGAGCGCAAAGUCAGCGGCAAGCUUAUCCGCGCAGUCAGCCCAACCUUCGAAGAUGUCUGGUCGCAGCCUCGUCUCUUCUACAACUCGCUUAUCCCCGCCGAGCAGCAGUUUAUCAUCGAUGCAAUUCGCUUCGAGAACGCGAACGUCAAGUCGCCGAUCGUGAAGAACAACGUUGUGAUUCAGCUCAAUCGCGUCGACAACGAUCUUGCGCGACGUGUUGCCCGUGCGAUUGGCGUCAACGAGCCCGAACCCGACCCGAAGUUUUACCAUAACAAUAAGACCGCCAAUGUCGGUACUUUCGGUGGCAAGUUGAAGAAGCUGGAUGGCUUGAAGGUCGGUUUCUUCGCUUCGGUUCAGCACGCGUCAUCCCUCGAUGCGGCUUCCGCCCUCCGUGCCAGUCUCUCCAAGGCUGGCGUCGAUGUGGUGGUGGUUGCAGAGCGUCUGGCCGACGGCGUCGACCAGACUUAUUCCACCUCCGAUGCCAUCCAGUUCGACGCCAUCAUCAUCGCCGCUGGUGCGGAGACUCUCUUCAGCCUAUCCUCCUUCACUGGAGGAUCGGCCAACACAACGGCGGGUACAACCUCGCUGUAUCCCACCGGUCGACCGCUGCAGAUCCUCAUCGAUGGAUUCCGUUUUGGCAAGACGGUCGGAGCGCUGGGGAGCGGCACAGCUGCUCUCCGCAACGCCGGAAUCACCACGUCUCGGGACGGUGUGGUUGUGGCCCAGUCGGCAGACGAUGGGUUUGUGGAGCACAUCAAGGACGGACUGAGCACCUUCAAGUUCGUGGACCGGUUUGCAGUGGAUCAUUGA